AUGGCCCCCUUAAGCACCCCCCUCCCCAACGCGACCAUCCACGCGACCCCCAACUCCUCCGCCGUUAACACCCCAUCCCCCGACUACGCUUACGCGACCAAGUACGCCGGCCCACCGUUCCCCGUCGCCGACGCCAGCAUACCCCCGAGCAGCGCCGGCGGCGGCAACCACAACUGCAACAUGGUCGGCCUCCCGCGGUGCCAGGAGCAGUUUGGCAACAACAGCAGCCACCACCACCCAGACCAGCACAGCCACGCCAACGUGGUCCCGCUCGCGCUGCUCGGCAGGUGGCCGGCGCUGGUUAAGUGUCCCGGGUGCAGGGGGGUGGCGCCGACGAGCACAAAACAUAUUGCUGGAAAGGGGUCACACUGGAUGGCUACCAUGUUCUUCUUCACGACCGGCAUCUUCACCUUCGUCCCCUAUGUCACGCCUGCCAUGAAGGAUGUCGAGCACCACUGCCUCCGGUGCGGGCGACACCUCGCCACGAACAGGUUUGGAGGCGGCACGCAGGCCAAGCUGAUGUGA